AUGGCAACCUUUCCAACUGUUAAGAAUUAUAUUGUAACCGAGAAAUUAGGUCAAGGAACUUACGCUACUGUUUAUAAGGCUUAUCGGACUGUUGGAAAAAGGGAAGUCGUUGCUAUAAAAUGUAUUCAAAAGCGAUCGCUUAGCAAAUCUGCCAGUGAUAAUUUAAUCACUGAAAUAUCACUUAUGAAAGAAUUGAAUCAUGACCAUAUAGUUCAAUUAACAGAUUUUCAGUGGGACGGUAAGGCAAUCUAUUUAAUCAUGGAAUAUUGCAGUGGUGGUGAUUUAUCAAAAUUUAUUCGAUUUCGUAAACGUUUACCAGAAAUAGUUGUUAAGAAAUUUUUAAGGCAAUUAGCCAGUGCCCUUCAAUUUCUACGCAUAAGAAAUAUAUCUCAUAUGGAUUUGAAACCUCAAAACAUGCUGCUAUCCUCUCAAAAUGAUCCUGUACUAAAACUAGCUGAUUUUGGCUUUGCCCAAUAUGUAAUGAAUGAGGUCGAUGCUAAGACGCUUAGAGGUUCUCCGUUAUAUAUGGCACCAGAAAUCAUAUGUUCAGGGAAGUAUGAUGCAAAAGCCGAUCUCUGGUCAGCUGGAAUUAUUAUGUUUGAGGCCCUAUUUGGUGUUGCACCAUUUGCAUCAAAUAGUUAUGCCGAAUUAGAGGAUAAAAUUAGAUCAUCUGCAGAGAUUACGCUUCCUUCAAAUGCUAAUAUCUCUGCAAGCUGUCGUGAUUUAUUAAUAUCUCUUUUAAGAAGAAAUCCUGACGAACGUAUAUCAUUUGAUAACUUUUUCAAUCACCCUUUUAUCGAUCUUGAACAUAUGCCAUCUCCUGAAUGCUUAGCUAAAUCGCGCGAUUUAUUUACCGAAGCGGUAAAGCGAGAUAGCCAAAACGAUCUUAAAGGAGCAGCAAUGUACUAUACGCGGGGUCUUGAGUACUUUGUUCCAGCAAUUGAAUAUGAAAAAAAUCCAGCUAAAAAGGAUGCAUUACGUGUUAGAGCAAGUGAGUACCUAGCAAGAGCUGAAGAAUUGCGCCGGCUAUUGAAAAGUGAGAAUGUAUACGCUAAUGCAAGCAUUGAAAGUCCUGGCACUUCUCUAGGUGAGGAUAACAAGGAAAUGUACGAUGCUGCGUUGCACCAAUAUGAAAAAACGCUCUCGAAAUUGUUAGAACUUGCACCUGAUGAAACCGAUACCGCUAAGAGAGAGAGAUUAAUGAUUGAGAUUCAGCGUUGUAUGAAUCGUGCCGAAGAGAUUAAACUGCUAAAUCAGAUGAAACAAUCAGAUGGAUUAAAGUUGAAAAUUUACGACAAUGAAAAACUGGCUACUAAUAGCCGCUCAGAUUGUUGUACUCGUCAACCUGAGCUCUUUCCAUAUCCUCCUUCAGUUUAA